UCUCCCGGCCCCGCCCCCGGCCCCGCCCCGCCGCGGCAGGCCCGCCCCGCGCUGUGCGUAGGGGGCGGGGCCUCGCGGGGGCGGGAGUCGCCGGAGGAGGUUCCUGGCUUUCUCAAGGCUGACUCCCAUGGCUGACUGGCUGGAGUCGUGUUCUCCCGGCCGGAAGGCCCGGGCUCCUCGCGCCUCCCGAAACGCCAAAGGCACUAAACAGACAAGAGCCUUGAAAUCAGAAGAUGCUUCUAAAAGGAAGGCAGAACUAGAAGCAGCUGUGAGAAGGAAGAUUGAGUUUGAGAGAAAAGCUCUACGUAUUGUUGAACAGCUCUUGGAAGAGAAUAUUACAGAAGAAUUCCUAAUGGAAUGUGUAUGUGUUAAGUUGGGUAUGUUUAUCACACCUGCUCACUACAGUGAUGUCGUGGAUGAGCGUUCUAUUAUCAAACUCUGUGGCUACCCUUUAUGUCAAAAGAAACUGGGAAUUGUACCAAAACAGAAAUAUAAAAUUUCUACCAAAACCAAUAAAGUGUAUGAUAUUACUGAAAGAAAGUGUUUUUGCAGCAAUUUUUGUUACAAAGCCUCUAAGUUUUUUGAAGCACAAAUUCCUAAAACUCCAGUAUGGGUUCGAGAAGAAGACAGCCAUCCCGAUUUUCAGCUGCUAAAGGAAGGACAAAGUGGCGAUUCUGGAGAAGAAGUACAGUUGUGCAGUAAAGCCAUCAAAACAUCAGAUAUUGAUAAUCCUGGGCAUUUUGAAAAGCAGUAUGACUCUGGUUCGUCUAGCACUUGUAGUGACAGUGCCAGUGAUAAUGAGCAAGACUUUGUUUCCUCUAUUCUACCACGAAACAGACCAGAUGAAAUGUGUGCAAGGCCUCAGCUGCACAAAAAAAGCAUAAUGAAAAAGAAAGCUGGUCGAAAAGCAGACUCCAAACACAUAGACACAGACCAGACGAUAGAAGAUAUCACUGAGCAGUUAGGCAAUUGCAGAUUAGAUAGUCAGGAGACAGCUGCUGCUUGUGAACUUCCUUUACAGAGAGUAAAUACCCAGAUUUCUUCAAAUAGUCCUUUGCAAGAAGAACUAAAAGCUGUAGAAAAUUCUGACAGUAAAUACACUGCAUCGGAAAUAACUCUAGUGGGCAUAAGUAAGAAAAGUGCUGAGCAUUUCAAGAGGAAAUUUGCCAGACCAAAUCAAGUUUCUAGCUCAGUGCAGGUGUGUCCUGAAAUUGCAAAGACAAAUUUACUUAAAGUCCUGAAGGAGACUUUGAUCGAGUGGAAGACAGAAGAAACUUUGAGGUUUUUGUAUGGUCAGAAUUAUGCUUCUGUGUGUCUGAAGCCCUCUUCAGCAUCUCUGGUUAAUGAACUUGAUGAAGAUGACAUCAACUCUGACCCAGAUAGUCUUUCUCCUGCUUUGAGAGAAUCUCAGAACAGCCUGGAUGAGUCUCUACCUUUUACAGGUUCAGAGACAGCCAUUAAACCACUGCCAAGUUAUGAGAACUUGAAAAAAGAAACCGAAACGUUAAAUCUAAGGAUCAGAGAGUUUUUUAGAGGACGAUAUGUUUUGAAUGAAGAAACCACCAAAUCAGAAGAUUCAGAAGAGCAUGAUCCCACCUUUCCACUGGUAGACUCAAGUUCCCAGAACCAGAUCAGAAAACGCAUUGUGCUUGAAAAAUUGAGUAAAGUAUUGCCUGCACUUCUGGGUCCUCUUCAGAUUACAUUAGCAGAUAUUUAUACACAACUUAAAAACCUUGUCCGAACUUUCAGAUUAACAAAUAGAAAUAUUAUACACAAACCCGCAGAAUGGACUUUAAUUGCUAUGGUGUUGCUGUCAUUACUGGCCCCGAUUCUUGGCAUUCAGAAGCAUUCACAGGAAAAUGCGGUGUUCACACAGUUUAUAGCCACCCUGCUGGAUGAAUUACAUUUAAAGAAUGAAGACCUCGAAAGUUUAACCACCAUAUUUAAAACAAGCUGUCAACCAGAGUGAUAUAAUCCAAGAAGGCAGAAGGCAGAAUAGAAGAUGGAGUCCUCUUCCCUCUUUCUGGAAUUCUAGCACCAGUGGGAAUCUGGAAGUAACUGAUAAUUAGCUUUGUUCCAAGAAAAACCGCCUUAGGUUUUAACCCCAUACCUCCCAGUGCCUAACUGCAGAGAAUGACUUUCCCAGAUAGAGGAGAACUGUUACUCCAGCGAGGAUAACCAAGUCCAUGAAACCUAACCACGAGACAUUGUAUCUUCAUUUGAAAAUGAAAGCUGAAGUCUUAAGUUGAAACUUGAAUGAGUAUUCAAGAAAAUAUAAUUACCGCUUAAUUUUUCUGGAUGAUUCUAGCCAUCAUAUAAGUUAACCAAAAACCUGAGAAAAUUAGCAUUUUGGCCUCCCAAUCUAACUUCUAGAUUCUAAUGAACAACAAUUAGCUCAAUAAAUGCAAACUAAGAUGAA